AUGUCUUCUCUUCCUCCCGACCCGUGGCAGGUCCUCGGCAUCGCGAAGACGGCAGACAAGACCGAGAUUCGGACUGCCUACCGGAAAUUGGUCCUCAAGUGCCAUCCAGAUAAGGUCCAAGAUCCGACUCUGAAAGCUGAGAAGCAAGAUGAGUUCCAAAAAGUCCAGCAAGCCUAUGAGCUUCUCAACAACGACGAGGAGAGGGCAAAAUAUGAGCAUCAGGUUCGAAUGAACGAACUCAACCAACAAAAGACACGGGCAACCUCAAAGAGCGCGGCUCAUUCUCCAGCUGCUCGAUCAUCUCCCAGGCACAAGGAUUUCGCUUUCCCUCCUGCGCCAGAGCGUCCUUCUCACAGGACAACGACAUCAACCAAGGAGAAGAUGUACUUCCAGCCCUCGCGCUCUAACGAGGAUGUUCCUACUGGUCGCUUCGCGGACAUGAACUUUGGCGAAGAGAGACGUGCUCGUCGAGCAACCAGUUAUGAAAAGCAACCAAGACAUGAAGAGGAGAGGUCAUCGAGGCGGGAAGAAGACAGGUCAUUCAGACGUGAAGACGAAAGGCACUCAAGGCGCGAGGAUGAGAGAUCAUUGAGACGAGAAGAGGAGAAGUCGAGGGACAAGCGCAAGGAUGAAGAGGAGAAGAAGGCAAGGCGCCAGAGGGACUUGGAGAGGCAGCUGGACGAGAUAGCUGAUCUUGCCCGCAAGUCGGAGAAGAAGAAGACCGACAAGGAACGGGACAGGGUUGAGAAAGAUCGGAAGGUGGAGGAGAAAUCUCGCCGGCAUAAGGGCCCCUCGAUUGAAGUGGAGGAUCCAGAGGAGCCUUAUAAGUCAGACAAAAAAUCUGCAAAGUCUUCGAGCAAGAAACACACGGAGACUAAGGAGCGCGAACGGGAUACCUCCCACUCCCGCGAGUAUGAACUUGGACGAGAAAAGUCAGCCUUUCGUCCCGCUGCGGGUCUUACUACCGAUGACCCGCUGGAAAGGGCAAAGCAAUACAUCCAGGGCAAGGGUACCAACAUCAAAGUUCGAGAGAUGGAACGGAUGGCCGAACCCAGAAUUCCAAAGCUAGGGAGAUCCCAAACCGAGUUCUGGGGCCAGAAGCCAGAAGUGCCCCGUUCUUCACCCGUUGACUACGAUGACGACGAAGUCUUGCGACCAUCUGCUCGACCCCGUCGAUCCUCCCAUGAGACGCCAGCAAAGGCCCCAAAAAUCAUCCCUGUUUCGCCUCGCAUGACUCCGACAAACCCUCGCCCUACUCCGAUCAAUGUCAAGGCUUCAAAGUCUCACGGUGUCCCUUCGCCUCUGGAUUCCCCCUCUCGCAUGCCGCAGCGAUCGCACACGACCAAUGAUAUACAUGCUGGGCAUCAGUUUAUCCCACCACCCAUGACGCGACACACCACUUGGGCUCCUACCUCUGACCGGCAUUUCGAUAAAGUCUACCAUAACGACUCAGAUGAUGGUUACGGACGCCAUCAUCGUUCCCGUUAUGCCGAUUCCCCUGCUGAGGGAGCUCGGUACAAAGCGGAUGGGGGCAGAAGCUCGAGACGUGAUGAACCGACAUAUCCUCAGGCUUACUCACGAGGAACUUCCGCCACCCGAAUUUCUCCUGAGCUCUACGCAUCUGCAAAAAUGUACUCGUCCUCGGGUAUGAAGGUCAAGGAGGGCAAGGCAUUCACUUCGGCUGAUGUGAAAUACGCCGAUGUACCCUAUCCUCAUCGAGCCUAUCCUUCAGUACCUUCCUACUAG